AUGUCUUCGGGUGCAGUCGACGGCGGCCCCAUCGUCAAGGGGACGCGGGCCACCGCCAAGCAGGCCUGGAGCGACCUCUUCAAGUGGAAGCACAGAGUAAUCAUCGAGAAUGAGUUUGGCGAGGAGCGUCAGGAGCUCCGCAACCCUGAGAAGCUGCGCAACCCAUUCUCGCUGCUUGCCCUGCUCAGUGCCAAGGACUACCUGUACUUCUUCGUCGGCUUCUUCGCCUGGACCGCUGAUGCCUUUGACUUCCACGCUCUUUCGAUCCAGACUUACAAGCUGUCUCCUUACUACAAUGUCAGCAAGACUGAGAUCUCUACAGCCAUCACCCUGACCCUGCUCCUCCGUUCCGUCGGUGCCGCCGUCUUUGGUCUCCUCGGUGACCGCUUUGGUCGCAAGUGGCCCAUGGUUGCCAACAUGAUCAUUCUUGGACUCCUCCAGAUCGCCACCAUCUACAGCACCACCUUCCAACAAUUCCUUGCGGUUCGCUCUCUGUUCGGACUCUUCAUGGGCGGUGUUUACGGCAACGCCGUCGCCAUGGCUCUAGAGAACUGCCACACCGACGCACGUGGUCUCAUGAGCGGUAUCAUGCAACAGGGCUAUUCCUUCGGCUAUGUUCUUGCUGCGUGCGCCAAUCUUGGUGUCGGUAAGGAAGUCGAAAGCUGGAAGACUGUCUUCUGGAUUGCCGCUGGGCUGUCCAUUGCGGCUGGUCUGCUCCGCUGCUGCUUCCCCGAAUCUCGCCAGUUCCUGGAGGCCAAGAAGUCGGGCGACAAGAUCACUGCCAGCGACUUCUGGGCUGAGACCAAGCUCAUGCUUGGCAAGGAGUGGCGCAUGGUCAUCUACUGCAUCAUUCUUAUGACCUGGUUCAACUUCUACUCGCAUACCUCGCAGGACAGCUACACCACCUUCAUGGUCACCCAGAAGGAGCUCUCCAGCGAUGCCGGUACUCGUGCCAGUAUCUGGAUGAAGACUGGAGCCUGCAUUGGUGGCACCAUCAUUGGCUAUCUUUCCCAGUGGGUUGGCCGUCGCCGUGCCAUCUGCGGCGCUGCCCUCAUGAGCGCGCUCCUUAUCCCCGCCUGGAUCCUUCCCGAGGGUGAGGCCGCCUUGUCUGCCACUGGCUUCCUGAUCCAGUUCUUUGUCCAGGGUGCCUGGGGUGUGAUCCCCAUCCACCUUAACGAGCUCUCCCCUCCUGCUUACCGGUCUACCUUCCCCGGUCUCACCUACCAGCUUGGCAACAUGAUCUCGUCCCCGUCGGCGCAGAUUGUCAACGCCAUUGCUGAGACUCACUUUGUCUCUUCGAAGAGCGGCAAGCUCAAGGAGGCCUACGGCCCGGUCAUGGGCAUUGCCACCGCCAUCAUUGCUAUCGGCAUCAUCAUCACUGCCGCUCUUGGCCCUGAGAAGCGCGGUCGCUCUUUCGAGCACGGCCCUGCCGGCGCUGCUGUCCACCACCACCACGAUGCCGAGAAGGCUGUUGACGCUGGGUCGCUGCACGAUGAGAAGGAAAGGCCCAUUGAGGUCGAGCAGGUUAACAACGCCACGGAGGCUAAGCCUACCGCUUAG